AUGUUCGACCCCGCGCUGAGGCCGCCCUCGAUUCGUUCCGUAGCGAGCAACUCGAGCAUCACCAGUGGCCUGUCCCGACGCUCCAGGACGCGUAGACGUUCCAAGACUGUCACUGGUGGCGCCCCACCGCGACCAGACGAUAUCGCUGCGACACCAGUGUCAGAAUUGCCCUACCUUGACGCCCCAAUCGUCAACGGACCCUUCGCUAGCGCCUCUUCAUCCUCGUCGCUUCCUAUUCGGCCCCCCAAGUCCCCACGCAGACCCGACUAUGAGCUUUCAACGCUCACAACCGCAACGACACCCAGCUCACAUGGCCUUGACCUCCCAAACACAGCAGAAGUAACCAUGGUCGAACCCCUACCCUCGCCUCUUCUCGGAAAAUCGCCAAAAGUUACAGAGCUAGAUACGACGAAGCUGUCAUCUGCUGUCGUACAAUCAGGCUAUAGACCACCUCCCUCGGCCUUCUCUCGCGACCCUGCCUUCACUCCUCAUGUUCGCGACUCCAUUUCGACCCACCAAUCGGGCACUUCAUCGUCCCUGUACCCACCGUCUACUCCCACAACCUCGACACGUCCGGACACGCCCCCAACUCCUCGCUCAAUGUCCCGCCUCGACUACCUCGACCAUCCUCUCAGUCCUGAAAUUAGAGAAGUAAAAGGUUUCGAUGGUGACGAUGUGGCGUAUCGACUACAAUUGUUGGUGAAGAACAACUACUUUCUACCCCCGGCUCACUCGAAGCCCUCACCCGCCGACUUUGCCGCAGUGGAUGCAUCGUCAGGCAAGAAGCCCGUAAAAUCUUCAACCCCCGCAUUCCUCGACCUCUUCCGUGUCGUCAAACCCAAGUCUAAACCCAACACACCUCCGACCGCUUCCCCCAACCCAGAUGCUCCCCCACCCAUGCUCAGAACCACGGCGGACUCAAUAACGACAGGGCAUCUGCUCCGCCCUCAACAACACCAGCCCCGAACAUCUUCCCAGAUCCCCCGGACGUCACCCCAGCCGAGAGGAGGCCGCGUGGUCGUUGUAAGGGAGAAGAUGGAAGAUUUGGCCGUCGCAGCUAAACAAGCCGAACAAGACCUCAGGAAUAAGGGUUUGGAUUUGGUGCAGCCCCCGAGUUUGGGGGCACUGGACGACGUGAUAGACCCAACGGACGCCGUCGAUGUACCACUCCCAUCGGCCUCUUACCCCUUUGCUGUUCAAGCAUCUGCCUUACACGGCCUGGGCGUCCAGGACUCAGUUGGUGCCGCUCUUCUCGCCGACCGACUUCCCCCGCCCAAAGGGUCAAAUAUGUCCUCAUCUUUUGAUAUUGAUGACGAUUGGCGCAAGGCACUCCUCCACGAAGCCGUACAUCACUCACUUGACAACACCCCUGAUGCAUCCUUUUCCCAUAACCUCGGCGCAUCGACCCCUGUUCUCUCAGGUCGGUUUCGGUCGAGCUCGCAUGCACCGACGCCUACAUUCGACCGCGACACGCCUCCUCGAGAUGUACAGACGCCUCCUCAGAUGCUUACAGCGAAACCAAAUUCGCGAGAAAAGCCACGCAAAAAGAUACCCGAUCUGGGGAGGAACGAGGAACACAGACCUGCACCGUUGGAUCUCGACGACAUGAGGAGGGAGAGUCACUCUUCCAGUGUGUUGCCUCCAAGGGUGAUAACUCCUGUGGGACCCAUGACGCCGCUCGCCCCUCCCCCGCGGAAUCGAUACAUCACUCAACACUCGAGUAGUUCGCAAACGAACUUGCCUUCCUCCCUACAGGACUCGGAGCCCCCACGUUCAAACAGUGCGGCGUCUUAUCACACUUUACGCAGAGCAAGGUCGUCUCCACUGUUAUCGGAUCACGAUGCCCUUCGUAGAGGACUUGUCAUGACGCCUCCACCAGUUCCCAACUCUCGACUGGUUUCGGCAACUACAAUGACGUCUUAUGAUAACUCGCAAGAACGGCCUGAUAGCAUUACUUCUGGUUCUUUCUAUACAGAUGACGAUUUCGACGACGAAGGUCUGCCGCGACAUUCAUUGGCACUUUCAGCCGUCCAUGGGGCUCAUGGUCGGCCUUCGUUAUCAGAAUAUUCGCAAUCGUCGCUGUCGCCGACCACGUCCGCUUUCCAGGAUGCUUUGAACCGCAACCCGUACUAUUCGAGUUCUAUGUCUAGCCUUCACCAUUCGCGUGUCAGCCUGGAGCAGCGCGACCGAGGUAUUCAUGGACCUGGCUUCCCACGCGACUCUACUCUUUCACCACCACCGCCUCGAAUGUCGUCCUCACUUGCGCAUGUCGCCCUUCCCCCACCACCACGUCCCCGCAAUUACCCGUAUCAACAUCGAUUCGUGCCCCGACCACCCUCUGAUACGUCUUCACUCACAGAGGCAGGUUCACUCCAUGGUCCUGAUGAUGUUAAUGAGACGCUUAGGUUUGACGAACCUGCACCAACCUCUCCUGGACUUGAUGGUCUGGAACAACCACGGGAUAUGCCUGACAUACCACGGCUAUCGCUGGACAGUGAUGCUCACCAUCCUAUCGUUCCAAGUAUCAACACUGGAAAUGAACCCCCCUCGGACACGUCCUUCUUCGACACUAUCCAGACGCAGCCAAAUGCGAUGGACGAUUUGGACUCUUCCGAUGAGGAUGAGUUACCGCCCCCGCUUCCGCCUCCGAGUCCUCGGAUACACGAACUUGACAGUCGAACUCGCGCAAUUUCCGUCACCUCUUCCAAUGGGUCUCGGUCCCCGCUGAUGAGGCAGCAAAACCAUUCGCUACCCUACGUCGCCCGUGCCAACGAAGCUUCCACUAGUUCCAGGUUCUUGCCGAUCGGCGGAGGGGGUGGGGGGUCGAGCAUACCAAAGCAGGGAGUUGGGAAUGUUCCUCCAAAACCUCAGUACUUCGCGGAUAGGAAGAGCGACAGUGGCCACCCAAUGCCCUCGGUAGCUUAUUCCAUCAUUCAACACUCUCAAGAGCGGCUACCUCUGUCUUCGACGAGCAUAAACAGCGAUCACAAAGAAGCGCUGGCGAAGCCCAGGCCUGCGACCGCGAGUCAAGCUGUCCCGUCAUCCUGGAAAGCACAGGAAUCCUUGCGCAAACUCGAUGGGAUGCUCCUCCAGCAUAUGGAAGCUGAGAAAGAUACCAUCAAAAGGAUAGCCACCACCGUCAAGCAAAGCAACCCCGCUCCCCCUUCACCUUUUCCAUAA